AAUUCAUCGCUUUUCUCCGGAGAUUCUCUGGCUAUCUCACUCGAGAAGCGAUGAUAACAAGAUCGAAUCUAGCAGAGCAGCUGAGAGAAUACCAGAUUCGAUCAAAACACGAUUGGGCAUCUGUCUCUUUCUUCUCGUCGACCUCGAGCUUUUCUUCGUCUAGUCUCGAGCUCCCGUAUACUUGUGUUCUUCGCUUGGAUUUUCACGGUGACCACUGUGUGUUUGGAGGGGGUGGAUGUUGUAGUCUUUGUGAUCUGGGAGCUAGUCAUCUUAGCAUUCUUAGUGUUCUCGGCGGUUUCCUUGUACUUCAAGCGAUUGCAACUCGCGUUCAUCUUGGUAUGUGUCACUUUGCUACUAUAUGUUUGCAUGAAGAUCACAAAGAAAGUGAGAUCAGCCAGGAAGAAGAAGCGAAGGAUGCUUCUUCCACUAUCUAUCCACAAAAAUCACUUACUGUACCAAUCGCGCGUUUAAUGGAUGAAGAUGACAGUUAUGCUAACGGCCAGGCUUCAGAGAACCACAAACAUCAAGAUGCGCAAAAUACG